AUGGCUACGGAGAUUGAGCAGCCGCUGGCUUUGACGGCGGUCACACCAACUGCGCCCAGCCCAACUGGAUCUGCCAUUCACCACUCCGCGACAGGUUCCUCGGAUGGCACUCCUGGAUCUGCCUCCAGACCCCUUCCUUCCCCUACCAGCGCCAAUGGCCAGGCCAAUGCCUCCCGGCGCCCGCCGCGCAAAAGCACUCUUACGCAGCAGCAAAAGAACCAAAAGAGACAAAGGGCCACACAGGACCAAUUGACGACUCUCGAAAUGGAAUUCAACAAAAACCCGACUCCUACGGCUAGUGUUCGUGACAGAAUAGCCGAAGAGAUUAACAUGACGGAGCGCUCUGUUCAGAUUUGGUUCCAGAACAGGCGAGCUAAGAUCAAGAUGCUGGCCAAGAAGAGCCUCGAAACCGGCGAAGACAUUGAUUCAAUUCCCGAGUCGAUGAGGCAAUAUCUCGCUAUGCAGGCCAUGGAAUCCGGUAAAGGGUUUGCUGGCAGCUAUAUGGGUCGCACUGGCCUGCUUCCUUUUGGCGGCGGCAACAUGCUCUUUGGUGGUGACCAGAGCGCGCAGGGCAAAGUUUUGAUUCACCAUCUCACUUGUCGCUCCCUGAGCAUUGGCAAAUGGACGCGAGUUGGACAAAACACUAUGAACCUCAUCAUCUUCUACUCGCCGGACAAGUGUACCAUGACCUACUACAUUAACAACGAGCAAGCUGGGUACAAGAUCGAAUACCCUUUCUCUCAUAUCAAGAACAUUUGGCUGGAGAAUGCAGACAACGACAUGAACAAACUGGCGGGCAUCUUUAUUGAGCUCAACCAGCCACCUUACUUCAUGAUGGAUGCAACCUCGUCGACUACGGGCUUUGACUACGUUAGUGACUUCACCGAGGAUCAACAGGCCUCUCAGUGCUUGCUCCAUCAUCUGGGUGGCAACCCCAAGGUGCUGGCCAACCAGCUGGCCAAGCUUGUUUCUUUGGAAUCUUUCAUGAACCGCCACAACCCCCACAGCAUUCGACAGGUUCACGCAUAUGCAGACCCUCAUGCAAUCUCGGCCUCGGCCCCGCAACAAUGGGGGAUGGCCCAAAUGCACUCUGCUGCUAAUAUGCGGCCUCAGGGCCACAAGCGACAGCGUAGUCGCUCUGUUCCUGGGCCAAUUGAUUUUGCCAUGUUUCAGAAUCAGCCUAUGCCGUCCUUCUAUAUUCAACCUCCCGGUGAUAUGGCUGCUCAGCACAAUCCAAACAUUUAUGCUCCAGUGCCACAGCAACCCAAUGUGGCCCAUAAUUUGAGGAUUGACACGCAAGCAGGCUUUGGUUUGGACAUGCGACAAUACCCAAUGUCAGCCACGACUGCUUCGCCAUCCGAGUUCCCACCGAGCCCUGGCUUUUUCCCUCCUGGACAAGAGAAUGGCCCAUUGGCUCCGUCAAAUUACAGCACCCCCUAUGGUGCCGCUUUUUUGUCGCCCAUGGUCACUGCUGAAGCCAACAUGCCUACAGCCAUCUCUCCCCUUCCCUUUAAUGGUCCUACUGAGCCUUCAAUUGUCGAGCAGUCCCCUCCCAUGUCCAUGAUGGGCCGCCCAGGCUCCUCCGAAAUGUACAUGGGCCAGGAUGGCUCAUGCGCUGUUUCCGAUGAUGGCGUUAGCUUGAAUGAGAUGUAUUCCAAACACUCCAUUAAUAUGCCAUUGCAUGAGCACUCGCCCGGGAGCUAUGUUCAGCACUCACAGGGAGAUAUCGACAUGGACCAACUAGUUCACUUCGACGCGGUUGAUCCAACUAGUCUAUCACCCGAGACGAUGCAUCGGUAA